AUGAGCACACCUCCGUCUCGUCCUGUACCUUCUCGCUCUGGGGAUAAUGAAUCCAUCUUGGUGUCUCCGCUGAAUCCAUUACUACCUACAGGAUAUCGCAACAUCCAGCCAUUUCAGAAGGGUAAAGGUUGGCACUCGAACGGUAGAACACCACGACAUCGAGUAGCUUCGACUCAAGCUGAUGACACAGACAUCGAUCCAAAAGGACAAGGUGUCGUGUUCCCCCUACUUCCAGGACAUGACCACGUUCGAGGAUCUCAAGGCCCCGACGUCAGUGUUGUUGAAAUGGCUACAUCGGACGAUCGACAGGAGAAUGAAGCCAUGACGAAACCAACCGUGGUCUCACCAAGACCACCGAACGCAGCACCUCGACGGCCUUCACGUACAGAUAUCCGAACAAACUUUGGCAGUUUUCGUAGUCGUGCAUUGUCUGGAUCUCCUCGCAACAGCUCGCGACCGACGUCACGUGCGACUGAUGAAAGCCCCAAGACUCGUACAGAAGAGAGGGCGGUUUCCGGUCCUGAUCCAGUAAUAAUGCAGCAGCUUUGGCAGGAAUACGCAGCUCGAUCACACGCUGCGAACCGCCAAGUAGACGCAGCAGCGUAUCACGAGAAAAUGAACCGUCGGUACAGCGAACAACGAGCGCUGAAAGAACGCAUUGCGCAGCUAGAACAAGCUCUAGAAGCCUUGAAAAGUGAGCGGAAUGAAGCUCAACAGCAAGCUGAAAUCGCUAGUAAAAAGCUGGAGCUUGUGGCUACAGAAUUAACGGACUCAACAGCUAUACAGACGAAGACUUCCGCACUUAAACCUGGAGAGCCAGCGAACUCCGAGGAGAAAUCGUAUCGAGAGCGCAGUUUUGCACUUGAACGUGCUUUGUUGCAGACCAAGAAUGCAGUUCUAACGUUGCAAGAACAGCUUCGUCUACACAGUGCACAAACCGCAGAGCGUACAGCGAUAUUGGAGGCACAAGUGGCGUUGGAGCGCAGUACUAACUUGGAACUAGCACGACAACUUCGCGAAUCAUUAACAGACUGUACGCGUGUGUCGGAAGGACUUGUGGAGACUCGUGUGAGUCUGGAACGUGAACAGCAACGCUCGCAGGAGAUUAUGGAGCAAACACGCUUACAGAACGAACACGUUUUACGGCGUGGACAGGCUGAAAGUCGAAUGAAAUUGGCGGUGCGUUCGCUCGGACGUGAGGCUCUUAAACAGAAGAUGGAUACAUUGAUGCACCGUACAAUGCGAGCUGAACAGGACAUGCGAGUGGCUCAACUUGAAGCGGAGCGAGUGAGUCGAGAACGUGACGCUAUAAGUGAGCAGUUGGAGCAAGUAUUAAGUAGCCAUGCCAUCAAGUAUCACUCCUUAGGUGCCAGUGGAGGGGUCCCGGGUAUUUUGAAGCGAAGUACACAGCUCACGAAGGGAUCAAGGACGAUUGGUGACCAAUUGCUGCUGGUACAGGUGCUUUACGAGGAAUCGGAGCAGCCUGAGGACUCGGAAGAUGGCUUCAGUAUCCAUUUCGUGGCGUACGAAUCUCGUUCCGCGCAGGACGACUAUCUGACGUUUUAUCUGCGAGAUAUCCAGCGACUUGUACCAACUCACGAGAGCUACUUAGAUCGACACUCAGUACGACGUCGUGAACGACUGAAAGCUCUUGCGGAGCUGCUAGUGAGCCAUGUUCACGCUGGUUUCAAGAAUGGUCACUUGGUUCUAGCCGAGACUUGUGGCUCUGAAGCAGCUAUACAGUUCCCAGGAGAACAGGUCACAGCUCUACAAGAGCAACAGAAUACACAGCACGUGACAGUCUACAGAGGCACGCGGUAUAUCUCCGUCGCGGGCGAUGAGUUCAACGAUGUUGCUCUCUCGGAAUUGACUGUGACUGAAGCAUUUGCCGCAGCGACGCCACAGAUUUGGUGGUUGGAAGUUCGUGCUGUGUUGUUGGGCUACGAAGGACGUGACAACGAGGCUUUGAGUGCUAAGGUGGAUCUGCGUCAGCUUUUAACCUUUUGCUCGACAUUCGCCAGUUAUCGACCCAGUGAACGCCACGAUAGCAACCAGGAGGAUCCGGAGCUCUUUGCUGUCCACGAGGAGUUACUUGAGCCUCUGUUCAGCAACCUGCAAGUGGUUUCGGAUGCUGGUGGAGUAGUGACGCUGGAGGUGAUCCGAGUUGAUGAUGAACAGCGUCCUUCAAUGAGUGAACCGCUGAGUCGACAAAGACUAUCCGUGGAGAUCCAGGAUACUGCGCAAGAAGAGGAGUGUGCUGUGGCUCCCGGUAUAUCCGCUCCCAGCACACUUACGUACCAGAGUGUUGUGAAUGUCGGUGAUGUGUUCUACUACAUUCGGUUGCAGGAGCUCUGGGAUGGCGAAUUGUUGCUGGACAUCACGAUGGAUGACCCUGAUACUCAACAGCAUUUCCACUGUGUCCUGCACGAACCACAGCUAGCAAAACUAGUUGAACGGCUGAUACGCGACGGAGCACUUAGCGACGAAGAUGAAGGAGAAGCAGCCAUGCAGGUGAAGUUCGGUCUGGCCUCGGUGCUGCAUCGUCCGCUCUGUAAACUUGUGGUGGGCACCGUUCGACCAGUUCUUCCUCACCCGAGCCAGAACAGUAGUAAGGCUUCAACGGAGGCAGGAGAUAUUGAUGUUAGUUCCCUCUUCGGUCACGAACCGGAGCCGCGCAAGUCAAGCGACAACGCGUUGGUGUUCGCUGUCGAGGCGUAA